CCGCGUGCGGCAGUGGCCAGCGCCAUGUUGGCGGGCUCGCGUGCCCCCUUGCUCGCGUUAGCUCUCUUAGCCGCACUUUAUACAGGAUGGUGUUCGGAGGACGAGGAGCGGUUGGUCCGCGAUCUUUUUCGCGGGUACAACAAACUCAUCCGACCUGUCCAGAACAUGACGCAAAAAGUAGACGUUCGCUUUGGCCUUGCCUUUGUUCAACUCAUUAAUGUUAACGAGAAAAAUCAAAUCAUGAAAUCAAAUGUGUGGCUGCGUUUAGUAUGGAUGGACUACCAAUUAAUGUGGGAUGAAGCUGAUUAUGGUGGCAUCGGAGUACUUCGAUUACCCCCUGAUAAAGUUUGGAAACCGGAUAUAGUACUUUUCAAUAACGCCGAUGGCAACUAUGAAGUCCGUUAUAAAUCCAACGUUUUAAUUUAUCCAAAUGGAGAAGUUCUUUGGGUACCACCGGCUAUUUAUCAGAGCUCAUGUACAAUUGAUGUUACCUAUUUUCCAUUUGACCAACAAACAUGCAUUAUGAAAUUUGGCUCUUGGACUUUCAAUGGCGACCAAGUGUCUCUUGCACUAUACAACAAUAAAAACUUUGUCGAUCUUUCUGAUUACUGGAAAUCUGGAACCUGGGAUAUAAUAGAAGUACCCGCUUAUUUGAAUAUUUAUGAAGGCAACCAUCCAACGGAAACCGAUAUAACCUUUUACAUAAUCAUAAGAAGGAAAACUCUAUUUUAUACCGUUAAUUUAAUUUUACCAACUGUGCUAAUCUCGUUCCUCUGCGUUCUUGUAUUUUACCUCCCUGCUGAAGCCGGAGAAAAGGUAACCCUGGGUAUCAGUAUUCUUCUAUCAUUGGUUGUGUUCCUAUUGCUUGUGUCAAAGAUUCUUCCACCGACGUCUCUAGUGCUUCCACUUAUUGCCAAAUAUUUGUUGUUUACAUUUAUUAUGAAUACUGUGAGUAUUCUCGUCACUGUAAUUAUUAUUAACUGGAAUUUCCGAGGACCAAGAACGCACAGAAUGCCUCUAUGGAUACGCAGCGUCUUCCUCAACUAUUUACCGACUCUUUUAAUAAUGCGACGACCCCGUAAAACGCGACUCAGGUGGAUGAUGGAAAUGCCUGGAAUGGGGGCACCACCGCACGCUGCUGCUCCUCAUGAUUUACCGAAACAUAUAAGCGCUAUCGGAGCGAAGCAAAGUAAGAUGGAAGCAAUGGAGUUAUCAGAUUUACAUCACCCAAAUUGCAAGAUUAGUCGAGCUGCUGGUGGAGGGGGAGAGGUUGGAGCCCUCGGUGGGCUUGGCGCUCUCGGUGGCCUUGGACUUGGAGAGAGACGGGAGUCGGAGAGCUCUGAUUCAUUACUAUUAUCACCUGAAGCGGCUAAAGCAACUGAGGCUGUUGAAUUCAUCGCAGAACACUUACGAAACGAAGACCUUUACAUACAGACACGAGAAGAUUGGAAAUACGUCGCAAUGGUGAUCGAUAGACUUCAGCUCUACAUAUUUUUCUUAGUGACGACAGCCGGUACUGUUGGAAUAUUAAUGGACGCCCCACAUAUCUUUGAAUACGUUGAUCAAGACCGAAUCAUCGAAAUCUACAGAGGAAAAUAAAACUUCAAAUUCCAACGCUUGGAUAAUAUGGCCAUAAAUAAAUUUGAAACUAUAUCUAAAAAAAAUAGAAUUAUUAUAAGUCAUGCUAGGUAAUGAUAAUAUUAUUUCUUAUCGCCUACUAAGUGACGAGUUGAUAACAAUAAAAUUACGUUUAAAUGUAUAUAUCUAUUAGUCAUGAUCAUACAACAAGCUACUGAAAAAUGUAAACUAAAAUUAGUGAUGAUAUUUGUUUUAUUAUUUGAUUAUAUUUACUAUUGUUCUAUAAUAUUUAUUAAAAAAAACUAAUUCUUUGUUAACAUGUUUGAAUUCGUAAAAUUUAUGCUCAAUCAAUCAAAUUUAUUAAAUCUUCGCUUAACUUAAAUUUCGCGAUGUAAAAGGCUCAAAUGUACCUAUUGUUAUUUGUGUGUAUGACAUUAAAGUGUGUUUUUAGAUACCAAAUUUUGAAUAUAUUAAAUAUCUACCCUCAGCGCUUAUAACUAACAUAAGUAGUUUUAAAAGUAACUGAUAGAAUUAUGAAAUGGCUGUGUUCGUUUUAUUAAAAGAAUCCACCGUGACAACUUUAUGUAAUUUUAUACUUUGUCAAAUUGGAUAUCAAGUAGAUUUUCGUGUUAAUUUAGAUAUUUAAGGCGUCAGUGAUGACAAUUCUGGUGAAGCAUGUAUCUAAACCAAAUAAAAACCUUAAUAUUA